AUGGAGAUUCAACAUCCCCCGCAUGAGUUUGCGGAAUCCGUUCUUCAUUUCCAGCAUUCUUCGCACCUUGAACCUGAACCUGCGCCUGCGCCUGGGCCACUUCCCACUACCGAAUCCCUAGAUGAGCAGCGUCCAAUCCCCGCCAAAACACAGCAAAACGUCAUCGAACCGCAGUAUCCUCAACCGUCUCAAUUAAUCACAGACCAAGAUGUCAUUACGAAUGGACCAUCUCCCCUAGGACAAGUCCCAUCACUCUCUCCGGACCUUGACGAAGACGACGCAAGCUCGAUUCUCAGUGAUCUACCAUCCGAAUUGGAUGAGCCUGUCGCAGAACCUGACCCAAUAGAUUUUGAUUGGGAUGGCCCCGAGGGACAUCAAGUUCUCCGACUCAAACCAACCGUCGAGCAAUGGAACGACUUCCCAGCAAAUCUCGCAUUUGCCAGAAGUCUCAAGGCCGAAAGCCACGGUUGUUUUAAAAUCGUCCUUCCUGAGGAACUCAUAGAAGACCUCCCAGCAAAGGACUCCCAAAAAGUACCGGCGAAUGCUUAUCGCCCUACACAAAUAAAAAGGAACAGUUUCUGGCGAGUUGACACGGUUCCGUCCGUCGGCAGUUUCAACUCGUCCGUUACAGGCGCGAAAUGCAAUGUCACGGCGAUCAAAGCCAUCGAUCAGCUAAGAAAACUUUAUCGCAAGAACGACCACAAGCAGAUUCGCAAUGUACGUUAUCGAGUUGAUGUGCCUGCAUGGACUCCCGAACAACGCCUCGAAGCCGGAGUUCCUGAAAAAAGCCCAAUUUAUCCCCUCAAAGGUGAUAAACUGGAUAACACAAAAGCCAUAAUUCCUGGAAUCCAUACUCCAUAUGUGUAUGAAUCAGGGCCCCAUUUCGGGGCAAGUUUUCAGAUACACGCAGAAGACUUCCGGUUGGUUUCGCUGAAUCAUCUAUACAAGGGACGGAAGAUCUGGAUCGUUGUACCAUCAACUGCGGUUGAUGUCGCAGAAGAGGCGCUUGGCCGCAAGGACAAGUGCUCUCAGUUCAUGCGGCAUCGAGCCGAGUUUUUCUUUCCCCAGAAACUGGAAAAACUUGGUAUUCCUUUCCGCGUCAUUGACCAGCGCCCUGGCGAGACAAUAGUAAUUCUCCCAGAUGCAUACCACGAGGGCUUCAGCACAGGCUAUACGAUUGCUGAAGCCAAGAAUUACGCUGACGAUGCGUGGACGACGAGUACAUAUCAGCCAUGCCAAGCGAAGUGCCAGCUGGCCACGGCCAUCCCGGCCGACUUGCUGAGGCCAUUGCAAGAGGGAGAGACACAGCUCGACCUUUGUGCUGGUUUUGAUUUGGCGGCAGAGCAGGAAUCACCUCCUGCGACGCCAGCACCCGAAAAGACAAAAAGACGUUUCGAGGACGACGGACAAAGUGUUGGGAACACUAAGCGGGCCAAGGUCUAG